CGGCUGUGUAGUUAUGGAGAGCCCGAUACGGACAUCGCAGGCAGGAUUUGUUAUUAUUUUGCAUUUAGACUAAAAACCUUUUCGAACAUUGCUUUCCAACUUCAGCUACAGUGAUAGCUAAGUUUGGAGAGGAGAAAAGGGCAAUUUAGUAUUCUUUGCAGAUAAUACAGUUUCAGUGCUUGUGCCGAUCGAUAAAAACGCACAAAGGGAUUUUGACUGAAAAUAUAGAAUAUGGACAACGCUGGAUCCAAAAAAAAUCGCUGUGAAUCUGCCCGCAAUUUCUUUACAUCUGCGAAGUUUCUUAUAUAUCUUGGACAUGCCCUGUCAACUUGGGGAGACCGGAUGUGGAAUUUCGCUGUGGCCGUGUUUCUGGUGGAGCUGUACGGCAAUAGCCUGUUGCUGACGGCCGUAUACGGGCUUGUGGUAGCAGGGUCAGUGCUGCUGCUUGGAGCCAUUAUCGGAGAUUGGGUGGACAAAAACCCCAGAUUGAAAGUCGCCCAGACUUCCCUGCUGGUCCAGAACAGCGCUGUGAUACUAUGUGGGGUUCUCCUUAUGGUGGUGUUUCGGUUUAAGUUGACACUUGAAGGAAUGUACAACGGUUGGUUGCUUACUGCCUGCUACGUCAUGGUCAUCACCAUUGCCAACAUUGCCAAUCUGGCCAGCACCGCCACCUCUAUCACCAUCCAGAGAGACUGGGUUGUUGUAGUAGCAGGAGAGGACAGGAGCAAACUGGCAGACAUGAAUGCCACAGUGAGGAUCAUUGACCAGCUCACUAAUAUCCUGGCCCCGAUGCUGGUUGGGCAGAUCAUGUCGUUCGGGUCCCAUUUCUGCGGGUUCAUCUCUGGCUGGGACCUCUGCUCCGUGUAUCUGGAGUACUUCCUGGGCUGCGGGUUCAUCUCUGGCUGGAACCUCUGCUCCAUGUGUCUGGAGUACUUCCUGCUCUGGAAGGUGUACCAGAAGACCCCUGCAUUGGCUAUCAAGGCUGGACAGAAGGAGGAAGACCAGGAGCUGAAACAGCUCAACAUCCAGCAAGGGCUUGAGAGCGGCCAGAAACCAGCAGAGGGCUCUCAGCUGAUGAACAAGGUGGAGCUGGCCAACGCGGAGUCCCAGAAGAAACUGAGCUGCUGCCAUCAGAUGUCCGAGCCCAUCCGCACCUUCAGGGACGGUUGGGUGGCCUACUACAACCAGUCAAUCUUCUUUGCAGGCAUGUCUCUGGCCUUCCUCUACAUGACAGUGCUCGGGUUCGACUGCAUCACCACGGGCUAUGCCUACACCCAGGGCCUGAACGGCUCCGUCCUCAGCCUACUCAUGGGCGCCUCGGCCAUCUCGGGAAUCUGUGGCACGGUGGCCUUCACCUGGAUGAGGAAGCGGUGCGGCUUGAUUCGCACGGGCUUCAUCUCAGGCUUGGCCCAGCUCUCCUGCCUCCUGCUCUGCGUCGUCUCCGUUUUCAUGCCGGGCAGCCCCUUCGACCUGACCGUCUCGCCCUUCCAAGACAUGGAUGACGGCACCCUGCCAGAGGCCAAUCCCACCCCGCUGGCCGUGCUCACCACCGAGCUGCAGAGACUGGUCAACGGGUCCACCACGAUGUACGAGAUGGAGCCGCAGGUGGAGUCCUACCUCUCCGUCAGCCUCCUGUUUGCUGGUGUCAUUGCUGCUAGAGUUGGUCUUUGGUCCUUCGAUUUAACUGUAACCCAACUGAUCCAAGAGAAUGUGAUUGAGUCUGAAAGAGGGGUAAUCAAUGGCAUCCAGAACUCCAUGAACUGCCUCCUGGACCUGCUGCACUUCAUCAUGGUCAUUCUAGCGCCAAACCCAGAGGCCUUUGGUCUGCUGGUCAUUAUUUCAGUCGCUUUUAUUGCCAUGGGUCAUAUGAUGUACUUUAGGUUUGCCUUUAAGAGCCUGAGAAGUCCUCUGGAGCAGAAAGCCGAAACAGACAGUCCCCCACUUCCUUCAGUUGUGUAACUCCAUUACAGAGAUGGUAUCGCUGCAAACUGCAAUUCCCACAAACCCUCCCUCCGCACCAGUGCAAGAUAUAUCCCAGCUAUUGAACUAAUAGACAUUUUUAGUAACAGCCUGAGCAGCAGCUACAUUCAUUUAACUCAGAGCAAUGCUAUUUUAUCAGCGCAGAUUUCAUUAGCCAUGAAUAUUAAGGAGGAAUGCAGUUUUUAUGCAAGAGACCUUCAGAAGCACAGGCAGAGAUGUGAUGAUUUGUAUCGAUGCAGUGUGGCAAGAGAAUUUCUAGUAUUACAUAGCUCCUCUAAACUACAGGUGGCACAUUUAAAAAAAUGUUUUUACAGGGCAAAAGGAGGGAAAGAACAAUUUUUAAAGUACCUUCUGUUCGAUUCUUUGUUAGAGCUGUAAAACCAAGUGUAAGGCCUUGCCUUUGACAGUGUUUUUGUCAACCUAUAGUUUAUAUAGUGCAUUCGCGAUUAGUUAUAAUACAGAAUACUCUGCAUUUAUUAUCUAGCUUAGUAUUUUGUUUAUAUAACCUUAGGAAUAUGUGUUUUAAGUUGCUUAACUCAAACAUGGGAUGAAGUGUCUUUAAGAAGUGGUUAAAGGGUCAAACAAAUUAUUCAUGAAUACAUGCCGAUAUUUUCAUGCUUUAUGAACCUCUAUUGUAAACUUUUUUUUUCACAGUAUUCUGUAAUCCUUCAUGGUGCUAAUGCGUUAUUAUUAACCAAGUGAGUAAGCUAUGCAGUCACAUUUAAAAUAUAUUUACCAAAGUGGAUUUUCUAACGCAACAUAAGGAAGUGAGGGGAAAUAUUUUUUGGUUUGUCAACAUUCUGUGCAUGGUAUGAAUACAGUGUAGUACGAUUGCGUAGUCAUCUUUAUAACGUGCAUAUGUCCCAUGGCAAACAUUCUCGAGGCUCCGCAGCAGAUAUAGCCUACUAUAGUACAUAGUAAAUAGCUUUUCCCUGAGUUUAGGAUAAUCUUUUUCUCAUUUGAUUGUUACACAGGCACUUUAAUCAAUCAUUGUCCAUGAUGAGUAGUGGACACUUUCAGCCCUGUUUUUAGCAUUUACAUUUUUUCACAAGGCUGAAAUCCUUCCCUCUCCUGCUCUUGUCUGCUUUCGAAAGCCGACUCUGAGACUGUCUGGUCUCUCAGGAUCCUCCCAGUCUUCAGACUGUGACUUCCGCUAGAAAGCACAGCGUGGUUCACAAAAACUCAAGUUUUAACACUGGGAAAAAGCUGCCUUACAUGUUUCAGUAAUGCCUUUUUAUGAAUUCAGUGUCAUUUACCAGACCUCAUCCACAUGUUGGAUAAGUAGGCCCCCAACCCCCCACCCACCUUCUUGGAGUGAAAACUCCAAUUAACACCUUCAGGUUGACUGUAAUUGCUAUUAGACCCUGAUUCAAUCGAAGCACAAGCCUGGUCCUUAAAUAUAGUCCUUGGUGUCACAAGUUGAAAGUCAAUGUUGCUUUACCCACCCCCCCUUGCAUUCUCACAAGGUGUAACUAAAUUGGCAGUUACACAAAUCAACAAAAAUAUUUUGAGAUGGUGAGAGAAUGAAGAAUAAAUGCAGAACACAGGGAAGUUGGGUGGAUCAUCCUGUUAAUUCACUGCUCUAGUGCAUGGAUGGGCCUCACGGUCAGGUACAGAAUCCCAACCAUAUCGGUGCUAAACUGAGGCCGGUAGGGUCGGGAGGGUUGACGUCAUUACACACCAGCAAACCCCCACUGGUCAUUUUGGUACCUGAAAGUCUACCUAUUAAGCUGCACAACGAGCAUCUUCCUACGACUCAUGUCUGUGCCAGAUCAACUUGCAAACUGCUGUGCAAUAAGGAACAUGGCUCAGAAGAUGAUUGGGUAUUUCAAAUUGGGGGGGGGGGGGGGGGGGGGGGGGGAAGGAGAGAAAAGCAUGCACAAUUUGAGUAAACGAGAUACUCAAAGGAAAGGUGAAGGACAGAUAAUAUUGUGAUUAGUCUGAAUCAGGGGCCUGGUUCAAUUCAAUAUCCGGUCACUCUAGGUCCUUGGAAAAUCUUUCUUAUACCUAGGGGUGCACCUGGAAAACUGUGGAAAGUCCUGGAUUGCACUGAGGGUUUGGCAAGGCAUAACAAACAAUAUUGAGGUUGGGCAGUUGCCAGCCUACCUCAGCUAGUAGGUGGUCAGUGCGGCAGGUUUAUAUUGGAUUCCAAAAUCGAGUUGGUUUCUGUAUGAAAAUGCUGACAGCAGUAGUCCUUCCUCCAAGCCUCAGCAGAAAGGCUUUCCAUGGAAAACCUCAAUCAAGAUUAGAAAUAAACAAAUUGGCAAGAGCAGGAUAACAUGAGAACUAAUGUUUUCCAGCUGGGGAGGUCUUGGGAACAUUUCUAAUUAAGACGCACAGUGCUGUUUUCAUGUUCAUUAAACUAACAAACGUUAUUACACAAAACAAUGUGCAGAUAAUUAUGAUUGUGAGAUUAACAUUGGUCAUUUGUGAUAUUAAAUGUUUUUUUUUUACUUUGUCAAAAAAUUUUUUAUGGCAUUUCUUUAAAUAGAGUCCUGUAUUGCAUAGAAUGCGUUAGCUUUAGAUAUGUGAGGUGGUGUGCUUUAUUUCCUAAUUUGGAGGAAAACAAAAUAUGGCACAUGCCUCCACAAUGCUUUUGACACUGAUGUACCGUUAAUGUAAAAUGUUCUUUAAAAUACUUGGAAUAUGUUUAAGUUCAAUAUUGACUAGUUUUUCAGGAUAAAGAAAAUGCUUUAAAGACAUACAACUUGUUUUAUAUUGAUCCUUUGCAUUGUUUUCGAUCGUGUAAAAUUAUUUUGGGUUACAGUUUUGUAAUUGUGUAAAUACCACACUGUGAUUGUACAAACAAGCACUCCGACACUCUAUUGAGGAGAAUGUAAAAGAGUGACCUUGUGUUGCACGUGUUCUCUGAAAUAAAGUUAAGGAUCCAUCAAA